GCAUUCAGAACAGUCAAGGAAACGGUUGUCCUCGGAUCGACUAACACAAGACAACUUUAAACAGUUUGCAGGGGAAGAAGACAACUUUUAGAUGUAUUUUUAGUAUUUUGGAAAUAUCUCACCCGAUUGGUAAGAUGAACGCACGGUAUCCAGGAUUGAUUUUGGUCUUCAUCAGCUUGAUAGUCGUAGAAAAAGCAUUUACACAGCAAUCAGAAAGCACUCCAGUCUGGGCUUACCGGUGUGUAAAUAACCGUUGCAAGAAAGUUGCUUUGACUUCCACUGAAACGUUGCAGAAAGCAGUCAGUCUUUCGGUAUGUCGUACCUACUGUAACGAGAUAUUCAGUACAUUGUGGCCACGCCCGACCGGCAAGUACCGUUGGGGUAGCAAAAUGAUCCAUAUUAAUGGGGACGACAUUCAAAACCAAUGGAAUAAAUCGUAUGAAGCUUUAGGCACGUACUGGAACAUCAGCCUCGAGCGGUUUCAGGUUCAGUUGACGAAUAAAGCUUUCGGAGAGCAGUUGAGAUCCGGGGGAAAACGUAUGGUGAUAAAUGUGGCCGUUGAUACAGAUUCUCUGGUACUGAACCAUGGAACGGACGAGAGUUAUAAGUUAGCCAUCACAAGAUUAAACUCGGGAGACGUGUCGGUAGCGCUCAGUGCAAAAAACUACUUUGGGGCUAGACACGCCUUGGAAACCUUGGCGCAGUUGAUUGUAUUUGACGAUUUAAGAAGUGAGUUGCAAAUUGUGACAGAUGUAGAAAUUCAAGAUGCUCCGGUAUUCCCACACCGUGGAGUAUUGUUAGACACUUCGAGAAACUAUGUCGAUUUAAAAUCUAUCAAAAGGACGAUCGAUGCAUUGGCGAUGGUUAAAAUGAACGUCUUCCAUUGGCAUAUUACUGACUCGCAAAGUUUCCCAUUAGUCAUAAAAUCUCAACCGAUUUUGCAUACCUAUGGUGCUUACUCACGCAGAGAAGUAUAUUCGGCAGAGAAUGUAGCUGAUGUAGUACAUUAUGCCUUGGCACGAGGAAUUCGUGUCGUUCCGGAACUGGAUGCUCCAGCACAUGUCGGCGAAGGAUGGGAGAAAACAAAUCUUACUAGUUGUUUCAAUAUCCAGCCAUGGGGUCAAUACUGUGUGGAACCACCGUGCGGCCAGUUGGAUCCUACCAACGAUAAGGUUUACGAUGUACUGGAAGAUAUCUAUCGCGAAAUGAAUGAUAUGUUCAGUAAGUCAGACGUAUUUCAUAUGGGAGGAGAUGAAGUAUCAUUUAAAUGCUGGGCUUCAAACGCGCAAAUUAAGCAAUGGAUGAAAUCAAAAGGCUGGGGUCUUGAAAAGGCUGAUUUCCUAAAGUUAUGGGUUUAUUUUCAAAGUAAUGCAUUAGAACGGUUUGACAAAUCUACAGAGAAAAAACGGUCAAUUGUGCUGUGGACAAGCCAUCUUACAGAAGAUUCCUAUGUAGACAAGUACCUCGACAAAAAUCGUUACAUUAUUCAAGUUUGGACCACUGGCUCUGACCCCAAGCUAAAGACUCUGUUAGAGAAAGGUUUUCGUGUGAUCAUUUCUAACUAUGAUGCUCUGUACUUGGACUGUGGAUUUGCCGGAUGGGUUACGGGUGGUAACAAUUGGUGUUCGCCGUACAUUGGUUGGCAGAAAAUUUACAAUAACGACCUCCGACGAAUGAGUGGACCGUAUUCUUCACAAGUUCUGGGAGCUGAAGGCGCCCUAUGGACAGAGCAAGCCGAUCAAUUGACACUGGAUGCCCGUUUGUGGCCAAGAUUGAGUGCGUUAGCGGAAAGACUCUGGACUGAUCCUCGUAGUGGAUGGCAACGUGCUGAUUCACGAAUGUUGAUCCAUCGAGAAAGACUAGUUGAAAAUGGCAUAGCUGCAGAAAGCUUGCAACCAAAGUGGUGUCUGCAGAAUGAGGGAAACUGUCCGGCUUGAAGAUCAAGGCAUGAUGUAGUAUUCUUUGGCUCUGCAGCUGUGAUUGUGAUGUAAUGGUCCCUAAAUCAAAGAAACAUUGUUGCGCAUUUGAUAACAGUUUAUAAAUCGUUGCGAAGUCCAAAAAACAAAUGAUUCUUUUUGCCAAUUUUUAAAAUAAAUCUAUAA